UAAAGUUAUGCCAUGAAUUAAGCAUCAAAACAAAAAGCUCAUGGAUCUUACUGUCACACUCUGAGCCUUUGGAACUACGCUUUAGUUUAGUUUCGGACACCACUCAAAAUUUCGAAAUAGCCCAAAAUGCCGGCGAGGUGCGGUUGCUUGAAGAAGGAGGCUCGCGUUCAUGUCAUCUACGUGGGUGGAACCAUCGGAAUGAUCCGCAACGAGUCCGGAGUACUGCACACCGAGCCCAAGGUGCUGGCUCGGCAGCUUCAAGAGUUUCCCAGCUGCCACGACAGGAAUUACACCAGCAAGGAUAAUGAUGGUCCCAUGAUGGUGCUACCCGCAGUGUCUGGAGCUCCGUAUAGAGUCCUUUACGAUUUGAUUGAGUUCUGCCCACUUAUGGACUCCAGCUGCAUGGGCUUCUGCGACUGGAAGCGCAUUGCCAACGAAGUGGGAAAGACAUACAAGUCCUACGACGGCUUUGUGAUCCUCCAUGGAACGGAUACCUUAGCAUACUCCGCCUCGGCACUGGCGUUCAUGCUGGAGAGCCUGAACAAACCCGUGGUAUUCACUGGGGCACAGAUUCCGAUCUUUGAAGCCCGCAGCGAUGGGCGGGAAAACUUCUUGGGCGCACUUCUCAUAGCAGGCAAUUACAAUAUACCCGAGGUGCUGGUAUUCUUCGGCAACAAGAUUCUACGUGGCUGUCGCUCCACGAAGCUCAGUUCCGACUCCUUUCACGCACUGGACUCACCAAAUUUUGCCCCAUUGGGUCGGGCGAGUGUCAACAUUGAGAUAAACAGCCGCCAAAUCUUUCGACCGUGCAAUAUUAAACCAUUUUCACUUCAUUCGGAACUCGAAAAGAACGUGGCGCUGCUGCGAAUUUACCCGGGAAUGAGUGCCAGUGUGGUCCAGGCAAUCCUGAAGGAGCCAACGAAAGGUGUGGUCCUCCAGACCUUUGGAGCCGGCAAUUUUCCGGUUAAUCGUGAGGACUUGAUGGACGAACUGAGGGAGGCGGUUCACAGAGGCGUUAUUAUUGUCAACAUCACGCAGUGCUCGGCGGGCAUGGUGGCCAACAUUUACGAGACAAGCCAGGGCCUGAUGGAAGUGGGCGUAAUUCCCGGCUACGAUAUGACUCAGGAGGCCGCCUUUACCAAGCUGGCCUAUGUGCUGUCCAAGCCGGAGUGGGACAUUCCCAACAAGAAGAAGGUGAUGCUACUAAGUUUGCGCGGCGAGCUGACCACCAAUAAGGUUGCCAAGAUUAACGAUAUUGAUCUGAUCGAGGGCGUGGCCCGCACAUUGCACAUGUCGACGGCGAUGGAACGGCAGCAGAUGUGCGCCACAUUCUAUCCCGCUUUGGUGGCGGCCGCGGUCACCGAAGGUGAUGUCCACAAGUUGGGAGAUCUCAAGCAGUACGGCGCCAAUCUGUGCGACACCAACUGCGAUGGUCGCUCCGCCAUGCACCUGGCCUGCUUCCUGGGCAAACUGAACUGUGUUUGCUUCCUGAUUUCCGCCGGUUGUCCGGUAAAUGUCCACGAUCGAUUCAACCGCACGCCAUUGCACGAGGCCAUCGACACGGACAACCAUGAUAUAAUCAAGGCGCUGCUCAAGAACGGUGCCAAGCUAAACGAUCAGCCGCUGGUCCAGGCGGAGCUACUGCGUGCCCUUACCGAACGGGGCAAGAUCAAGCGAUUGGAGUCAUUUCGGCUGGCCGGAGCCAAUCUCACGCUGGCCGAUCGGACUGGACGAACGGCUCUGCACUACGCCUGCCAGUUGGGCAAUCACGAGGUGGUGGACUAUCUGCUGCCGCACUACGAGAAUCCCUACAUCAAGGAUGAGCUGGGCAUGUCGCCAAUCGACUACGCCAAGGCUGCCAAUCAUGCCCACAUCCUGACCCUGAUGCGGUUCAAGGAGAAGGAGUUGGCCAAGCAAGAUCCGUGUUCCUGCACGCAAUAGAAGCACUAUUAUCUAAAUUCCAAAUUAAAAACGUAACUCAA